CUCGAGCUGCCACAGAUCCACAGCUUCCCGCCGCUCUUUACAAGGCAGCCAAAUCAAGAGACCUUCAUCUCUCAGCGCGCAAGCUGGAUUGCCUUGAUUCUCUUCUACUACAAAGCCAAACGGCUGCAUCAGCUACCCAUUACGGAAGAAACGCUCGAUAAUGAGCUCUUUCACAACCAAGCCAUUGGACGGCGCCUCAAGCUAGAGACGUUGCGAGAAAUCAUUGAAGAGAUGGUGCAGCAAGGCUCUGCCAUUUACACGAGCAAGGCCAAAACAGGAGCCUAUAUCUACUGGCGGCGGCCAGAGGAAUGGGCAGCACGGCUGCAGAAAUAUAUUGAAGACACGGGCCAGACUGGCAGCGUCUUGACGGUGUAUGAACUCACGCAGGAAGAUCGUGUUGCAGAUCAAGACUUCUAUCAGCUUGAUCCGGCCAUCUUGAGGAGCGCUAUACAGGUGCUUGCCAAGAAGGGCAAAGCGCAAAUGAUGAAGGGCAGCGAUGGGGAAGAGGUAGGAAUCAAG